CCCGGCCUGUGGCCGCCGCCAGACAGCUUCAACAAGGAACAAACUGCAGCGAAACCAUUGCCUCUGAUUUCUGAGCACUUCACUACAGGACAUCAAGAUGUCGGGGGCUUCUGUGAAGGUGGCUGUUCGGGUCAGGCCCUUCAAUUCUCGAGAGACCAGCAAAGAAUCCAAAUGUAUCAUCCAGAUGCAAGGCAACUCGACCAGUAUUGUCAACCCAAAGAAUCCCAAAGAAGCGCCGAAGUCCUUCAGCUUUGACUACUCCUAUUGGUCCCAUACCUCAGCUGAAGAUCCCAGCUUUGCAUCUCAGAGCCGUGUGUAUAAUGAUAUCGGGAAGGAGAUGCUGCUGCAUGCCUUCGAGGGCUACAAUGUGUGCAUCUUUGCUUAUGGGCAGACUGGAGCUGGGAAGUCCUAUACCAUGAUGGGUAAACAGGAAGAAAGCCAAGCUGGCAUCAUUCCACAGCUCUGUGAAGAAUUAUUUGAGAAAAUCAAUGACAACAGCAAUGAGGAGAUAUCCUACUCGGUGGAGGUAAGUUACAUGGAGAUUUACUGUGAGAGAGUCAGAGAUUUGUUGAACCCGAAGAACAAGGGGAACUUGCGUGUGCGAGAACACCCUUUGCUUGGACCCUAUGUGGAGGACCUGUCCAAACUAGCGGUGACCUCUUACACAGACAUUGCAGACCUCAUGGACGCUGGGAACAAAGCCAGGACUGUGGCAGCCACCAACAUGAAUGAAACCAGCAGCCGCUCUCAUGCUGUGUUUACGAUAGUCUUCACUCAGAAGCGACAUGACACAGAAACUGACCUUUCUACCGAGAAGGUCAGCAAGAUCAGUCUUGUAGAUCUGGCUGGGAGCGAGAGAGCAGAUUCUACUGGUGCCAAAGGGACUCGAUUAAAGGAAGGGGCAAAUAUCAACAAGUCUCUCACAACUCUGGGGAAAGUCAUUUCAGCUUUGGCAGAGGUGAGCAAAAAGAAGAAGAAGACAGACUUUAUUCCAUACAGAGAUUCUGUGCUGACAUGGCUUCUUCGGGAAAAUCUAGGUGGGAACUCUAGAACGGCCAUGGUCGCUGCUCUGAGUCCAGCAGACAUCAACUAUGAUGAAACUUUGAGCACUUUAAGAUACGCAGAUCGUGCCAAGCAGAUCAAAUGCAAUGCUGUUAUCAAUGAAGACCCCAAUGCCAAGCUGGUGCGUGAGCUGAAGGAAGAGGUGACACGGCUCAAAGAUCUCCUGCGGGCCCAAGGGCUGGGAGACAUUAUUGAUACCUCCAUGGGGUCCCUCACAGCAUCUCCGUCUUCCUGCUCUCUCAGUAGUCAGGUGGGCUUAACAUCUGUGUCCAGUAUACAGGAGAGAAUCAUGUCUACACCUGGAGGAGAAGAAGCCAUUGAACGUUUGAAGGAAUCUGAGAAGAUCAUUGCAGAGCUGAAUGAGACAUGGGAGGAGAAGCUGCGGAAGACUGAAGCUAUUAGAAUGGAGAGGGAGGCUUUGCUGGCUGAGAUGGGAGUUGCUAUUCGGGAAGAUGGAGGAACACUGGGAGUCUUCUCACCUAAGAAGACUCCUCAUCUUGUGAACCUCAAUGAAGAUCCACUCAUGUCAGAGUGUCUGCUUUACUACAUCAAAGAUGGCAUCACCAGGGUUGGCCAGGCAGAUGCUGAAAGACGACAGGACAUUGUGCUAAGCGGGGCUCACAUAAAAGAAGAACACUGUAUCUUCCGAAGUGAGAGGAACAACAAUGGCAAUGUUAUUGUUACUCUGGAGCCUUGUGAACGGUCGGAAACGUACGUCAAUGGCAAGAGGGUUGUGCAGCCGGUGCAGUUGCGUUCAGGGAAUCGUAUCAUCAUGGGCAAAAAUCACGUUUUCCGAUUUAACCACCCUGAGCAAGCUCGAGCAGAGAGAGAGAAAACUCCAUCAGCUGAGACUCCCUCUGAGCCAGUAGACUGGACUUUUGCGCAGAGGGAACUGCUGGAGAAACAGGGCAUUGAUAUGAAGCAGGAAAUGGAGAAAAGAUUACAAGAAAUGGAGAUUUUGUACAAGAAGGAGAAAGAAGAAGCAGACCUCUUGUUGGAGCAGCAGAGGCUGGACUAUGAGAGCAAACUGCAGGCUUUGCAGAAGCAGGUUGAGACAAGAUCCCUAGUUGCUGAGACAACAGAAGAGGAGGAGGAAGAGGAGGAGGUGCCCUGGACACAACAUGAGUAUGAGCUGGCCCAGUGGGCAUUCAGGAAAUGGAAGUUCCACCAGUUCACUUCAUUAAGGGACCAGCUCUGGGGCAAUGCUGUCUAUCUGAAAGAGGCCAAUGCCAUCAGUGUGGAGUUGAAGAAGAAAGUGCAGUUUCAGUUUGUCCUCCUGACAGACACACUGUACUCCCCUCUACCCCCUGAGCUUCUGCCACCUGAGACAGAGAAGACCCGGGAUAACAGAACUUUCCCUCGGACGGUGGUAGCUGUGGAAGUCCAGGAUCUAAAGAAUGGAGCAACACAUUACUGGUCCCUGGAAAAACUGAAGCAGAGGUUGGAGCUGAUGCGGGAGAUGUAUGACAGGGCUGGAGAGAUGGCAUCCAACACACAGGAUGAGAGUGAGAGCACAAUGACUGGCAGUGACCCCUUCUAUGAUAGAUUUCACUGGUUCAAGCUGGUUGGAAGCUCCCCCAUUUUCCACGGCUGCGUGAAUGAGCGUCUUGCUGACCGCACACCCUCCCCCACUUUCUCCACGGCUGACUCCGACAUCACUGAACUGGCCGAUGAGCAGCAGGAUGAGAUGGAGGACUUUGAUGACGAAGCCUUUGUGGAUGAUACCGGCUCCGACGCUGGAACCGAGGAGGGAUCGGACCUCUUCAAUGAUGGGCACGACCCGUUUUACGACCGGUCCCCCUGGUUCAUUUUAGUGGGAAGGGCAUUUGUAUACCUAAGCAAUCUGCUGUACCCGGUGCCCCUCAUCCACAGAGUAGCGGUUGUCAGUGAGAAGGGGGAAGUGCGAGGAUUCCUGCGUGUGGCAGUGCAGGCGAUUGCAGCUGAUGAAGAAGCCCCGGAUUAUGGAUCUGGCAUUCGGCAGUCUGGCACAGCAAAAAUCUCAUUUGAUAAUGAAUACUUUGAUAAGAGUGACUUUUCUUCAGUUGCAAUGACUCGAUCUGGACUGUCAUUAGAAGAACUGAGAAUUGUGGAAGGGCAAGGCCAGAGCUCAGAGGUCAUCACUCCCCCAGAGGAGAUUAACAGAAUGAAUGAUCUAGACCUGAAGUCGGGCACUUUGCUGGAUGGGAAGAUGGUGAUGGAAGGGUUUACUGAUGAGGUUGGCGACCACCUGAAGCUGGGCAGCGUGUUCACCUUCCGCGUGACAGUGCUGCAGGCCAGUGGCAUCCUACCAGAAUAUGCAGACAUCUUCUGCCAGUUCAACUUUUUACACCGACACGAUGAAGCUUUCUCCACUGAGCCUCUCAAAAACAACGGCCGGGGGACUCCACUUGGGUUUUACCAUGUUCAGAAUAUUGCUGUAGAAGUGACAGAGUCCUUUGUUGAGUACAUCAAAACCAAGCCCAUUGUAUUUGAAGUCUUUGGCCACUAUCAACAGCACCCUCCCCACCUUCAGGGACAGGAUCUCAACAGCCCUCCACAGCCCUCCCGGCGAUUCUUCCCUCCCCCCAUGCCACUGUCGAAGCCAGUGCCAGCCACAAAGCUUAAUACGAUGAGCAAAACGAGCCUGGGCCAGAGCGUGAGCAAGUAUGAUCUCCUUGUCUGGUUUGAGAUCAGCGAGCUGGAGCCAACAGGAGAAUACAUCCCUGCUAUCGUUGAUCACACUGGAGGCCUACCCUGCCAGGGGAUGGCAUGCCAGGCUCUUUGUGUACAGGGGAUAGAUAUUUGUAUGGUCAUAUCUUUUACUUUGCAAAGGGCCAAGCUCCUCAGCAUUUCUCAAAGACUCUUUGUAGCAUUGAUUGACAAAAGGAAGUCAAGCACUGUUAGUGCUGAAAUUAUCCUGGUAUGGGGAAUCCAGCGAAGGAUCACAGUCACCAUAAUUCAUGAAAAAGGCAAUGAGCUGCACUGGAAAGAUGUGCGAGAGCUGGUAGUUGGGCGCAUCAGAAACAAAGCAGAGGUAGAUGAAGCUGCUGUGGAUGCCAUUCUGUCUCUGAACAUCAUCUCUGCAAAGUACCUGAAGUCAUCUCACAGCUCCAACAGGACUUUCUAUCGUUUUGAGGCUGUUUGGGAUAGUUCCCUGCACAACUCUCUCCUCCUCAAUCGUGUGACACCAUAUGGAGAGAAGAUUUAUAUGACCCUGUCAGCAUACCUGGAGCUUGACCACUGCAUCCAGCCAGCCGUCAUCACCAAGGAUGUCUGUAUGGUCUUCUACUCGCGAGAUGCCAAGAUCUCACCACCGCGCUCGCUGCGCAGUCUCUUUGGCAGUGGCUACUCCAAAUCGCCAGACUCCAAUCGAGUGACUGGAAUCUAUGAGCUGAGUUUGUGCAAAAUGGCAGAUACAGGAAGUCCAGGAAUGCAAAGGAGGAGGAGGAAAGUCCUGGAUACAUCUGUAGCGUAUGUCCGUGGUGAAGAGAACCUGGCCGGAUGGAGGCCCCGUGGUGAUAGCCUCAUUUUAGAGCACCAGUGGGAACUGGAGAAACUGGAGCUGCUGCAUGAGGUGGAAAAGACUCGUCACUUCCUGCUGCUGCGUGAGAAGCUUGGUGACAGCAUUCCCAAGUCCCUGAGUGACUCACUGUCCCCCAGUCUGAGCAGUGGGACCCUCAGCACCUCUACUAGCAUCUCCUCCCAGAUCUCCACCACAACUUUUGAGAGUGCUGUCACACCCAGUGAAAGCAGUGGCUACGACUCAACAGACAUUGAGAGCCUGGUGGAUCGGGAGAAAGAGCUGGCCACCAAGUGCCUCCAGCUUCUCACUCAUACGUUCAACCGUGAAUUUAACCAGGUGUACAACAGCAUUAGUGAUUGUAAGCUGUCUGAUAUCUCUCCAAUCGGGCGGGACCCAUCUGUGUCCAGCUUCAGCAGUGCCACCCUCACACCUUCAUCCACCUGCCCCUCUCUGGUAGAUUCAAGAUGCAAUUCAAUGGAUCAGAAGACUCCAGAAGCAAAUUCCCGUGCCUCCAGCCCAUGCCCCGAGUUGGAACAAUUUCAGCUGGUCCCAGCAGUGGAAACCUCCUAUCUGGCCAGAGCUGGAAAGAACGAAUUCCUGAACCUUGUUCCUGACAUUGAGGAGAUCAGACCAGGCUCUGUGGUGUCCAAGAAGGGGUACCUCCACUUCAAGGAGCCGCUUUCUGCCUCCUGGGCCAAGCACUUUGUGGUGGUUCGCCGUCCGUACGUCUUUAUUUACAACAGCGACAAAGACCCUGUGGAGAGGGGGAUCAUCAACUUGUCUACGGCACAGGUGGAGUACAGCGAGGAUCAGCAGGCAAUGGUGAAGACACCCAACACCUUUGCAGUAUGCACGAAGCACCGUGGGGUCCUGCUUCAGGCCAUCAAUGACAAGGACAUGAACGACUGGUUAUAUGCCUUCAACCCUCUUCUCGCUGGAACAAUACGGUCGAAACUGGCCCGAAGACGCACGGGCCAGAUGAAAUACUGAGUCCGUGUAACGUUCUCCCCCGUUCUCUCUAACGCGCCUUCAGAUAGAUAAAGUGUUACCUCUCAUUUCUCUUUGUGAUUCUUGACGGUUUCUCUUGUAUGUAAUCCUGUGGCUUAACUCUCCCUUCCUCCCCGAGCCCCUUGGCACUUUUUCUAGCUAUUCUAACCCCCCUGUUUUUCUUUCCACCUGCGCUGAGAAUUCUACUAGUAGCAUGUGGCCAAACAAAACGGGGAAAAAAAACCUGGAAAAGGGACGCGGCGAUUAUGCACAACUUCAAACAAACCAAGUGAUUUCUUUUUGGUUUUUUCCUUAAAAGGGUUGGUUUCCCAUCCUGACUGAUUGCGUGGUGUCUCUACCACUGUCCUCAGUGUUGUCUCUCUGUCUGAAGCGCUUUAGGUUUAUUAUUUAUUUGUGUCUUCGUGGUACCCACAAUACUGCCCUCAGGACAUGGGUCGUAGGCUAAGGAAAGCUGUUCCUUCUAAGUGUCAAGACAUGGCAUUACCCAGGUGCAAACUGCAGCAGUUCCUCAGACUUUCUGGGUCCUGCCUAACUGGAUUCCUUGUGGAAGCUGGCGUAUAGGAAAAGGCUUCCUGUCCAGGCUGGACUUCGCACUUGUCUAGGAAUUUGGGUUCCACUGGGAGAUGAAGGAGCUUUUGGUGCUGCACAGGGCCAAAGCAAUAUCUGCUGCUAUGUAGAGCAAGGGGAGGAGGAGCAGAGUCAGAGGUGUAGCAACUGGCUGGAAGGAACUUCUGCUUGGGCUCUUGCAAUGGGUAGGGGCAGUCGAUGGGCACUUUCUAGCUAGAUAUCUCCCUAAGCAUUAGCUCCCGCUGUUCUGCAGUUGAGCUGAGCAGAGAUAACCCUAUGCAGGCAGCGUGACUGCAUCCUCUGUGCUUGGGAAGGGAGGGUGUGCCACAUGAGCACACCAAGGACAAAAGUAUGAUACUGAAAAAUCCCAAGGGGUUGCUUCCUGGAACACAUGCAGGAAGUAACCAGAAGGGGGCAAUGAUUCCCUUCUCUCUGUCUUGCUUUUGGCUUGUGAGAGUGCCAGUAGCAUGGGCACUCGCUUUUCCCACCACAGAAAACCUUCAAACCAGAUAUCGCAAUGGCCUGGGAAGUCAAGCUGAGGUGUGUCAAGUGAGCUCUUCCUCAUGCCCACCUCAUGCAUGCAGCCCUCCUUCCUGAAAUUCAGAUGACGGCCAAUCUGGCCACAGGCCAGCGUCCUCUCUCCACCAUCCCCUUUUAAAAGCACAGUGCUUGGCAUAUUUUCCAGCCACUGCAUGCUCCAGGGUGGGAAGUCUUGGCUUCUCGUGGGAAUAAAUAUCAAAUUGAUUUGCACACCUCCUCAUCCUCGUGUCCUCAGCCGUCUCCAAGCCCUCUACGUUCUGUGGACAGGGAAAUGGUCCUUUCUGAACAGAGACCAAGCAGACACCUCAUCUUGGUCACCUGGGUGUAAUAAUUGAUCGGAGAUCUGUUGUCCAUGUGAUGAUACAGGAUCUGUCUUAAGCAAACAGUUGUCUCCUCUUACCAGUGGCCAAGUGAGUUUCCUUUCCCGGGGAGGUGAACUCAUUUUCCCAGGUGUGAUUUUAGGUGGCUGCAGGCAAAUUAUUUUUAAUGUCCUUCAGAAUGCCUCUGCUGUACUUCCUUGGCUCCCUCAUAGGCAGUGAAAAAGCUGGUAUGGAACGAGGCGAGAUACAGAGAUGUCAUCCUUAGGGUCACAGCCCUCAGGAUAGAGGGGGUUUAAUUCCACUGAUCGUCUAGGGCACAUCCAGGGCAGGGUGGAUCUCAUCCCUUCACCCCAGAAGAUAGUUUCCAUUCAGGUUGCUCAUCUGCACCGAACCACACAGCCCACUGGAGGUUCUGUGGCUAGAAGCGCAUGUGAAGGAUUCUCCUCAGUAGAUCAACUUCAUGCCAUUGUUAUGCUCAGCUUUGGUUGUGCAGCAAAAUGCAGUACACUGUGCCCUGCCUCCCUUCCCAAAGCAUACAUUAAAAAGGAGCAGGAAGAUGGAGAACAAUUCUUGCUAGGACACAUCUGUGUAUCUUUCAGAACAGUAACAUGCUCAGCCUGUCUCCUGCAGCCCUUUAAAACUCCUUCCAAAGCUGGCAUCUGCAGGGGCACCAGGGGGACCCCAGAGCAUUGCACAGAAGGUUGUUUUUCUUUUUGUCUGUAACAUUGUUCUUUAAUUGUGUUUCACUCUAACCCAGUGCUCGUGUUUCUUUGUUAUGUAGUGGACACAAUAUGCACUUCCAGUGCGGGCACAAACGGGACUGCCAGAGAGAAGCUCCCUGUGCUUGGAGCUGAGCAGAUUUCCAGACUGUUUUAAGACUGAUUUAGAGGCUAGUUUUAUGCACCAAGUUGCUGCUGCUGCUGCUUUCAAUGAUGAAGGUGGGGCAUGUGCAAGGAGGGGAAGGAGGAUGGUGAUCACAGUGGCAUUAUGUGACGCACUGAGAACAUUUUUAUUUUGUUUUAACUAGAACAAAACUAGUUUGCAAAGUCUUUGCUUUGGAAAGGCCAGAAGCUGGAGAGCAAGUUGAAUUGAAAUCUCACUAGAACGAUUGGAUUUGAAUGGGGUUAAGGAAAUGCUCCUUAGAAAGUGGAUGUGCCAGGUGGGUGCCCAGCAUGCCUGGACACGUUACAGAUGGAUUGUACGAAUGCCAGUCUGUUCUCUUGAGGACUUGAGGCAGCUUCUCAUGGCUGGAUCCACCCAUGGGUCACAGAUGAUUAGAAGCGCAAAGUUCUAUUUUUUUUUUUAAGUUCCUAAAUUUCUUAAGGCCCCAGACUUUGUAACAAAAGGGAUUCUUGUCUUUUAGGGUAGGCACUUCCAGGUUCAAAGUACAGGGCACGACGGAUGUCCUUUUGGAUCAUCUUGCCAGUAGUCAAGGUUUGCCCUGGAACAUGGCCUUUCCUGGUCUUUUAUAUCAGAAAUAGGAACAAUUCAGGUCUUUCUUAAGGAAGCUGAAAUCCAUAAUGGUUUUAGCAGCUCUUGAUUUAGCCCAAAGAGCUAAAAAUUCUGUGGAGAAACAAAGCAGAGAGGGGAAAUUGCUAUGCUGCCCUCUCGUGAGGUUUAAAAACCCAACUGAACUGCUGUGCAAGUCGCACUGAAGGCAGCUGGGGACCUGGAGUCAGCCAGCUCUCGGGCCAUGCUGCUGGAGACGAGCCCCAUGCCGUGGGCCAGCCAACCUAUUGAGCAUGAGUGCUUUUCCAAAAGGGCGGUUGUUUGGGGGAAGUUAAAGAUUGGGAGGAAUCGCGCGUCUCACUUGGGCUUUUUAACUUCAUUAUUGAGUGAAAGGGAAAAAUGACGUAUAAUGCCAGUGCCAAGAGCUCUGGUGUCAGAGUUCCAAACAAGGCGUUUCAUUUUAGAACUGCACUUCCCUGACUUGAUUUUAAAGAUGCACUUUAAAGGACUUUUUUUAGUUUUUAGGAAACUCCUUCCCUUUUGAAAUGCAGGCAGGAAGGGGAUGUUAUCUUCAAACCACUGGGAAGGUUUGUCUAGCCCACAUUGAAAUUCCCUAGUACUGGUCAGUGAAGUGUUUCAAAGCAAAGACUUUACUUUUUGCUGCUUGUUACCUAAUUUACAGGGAUUUAAUUUUAUGUAAUGUAUUGUAUAUUUAUACAUCUGUAAUUAAUUGCACAUUAGAUAAGGAAGAGGAUUAGCUUGGGUAUAGCACCCACUGGUACUCUGCAACCGACUAAUACUGCCUAUGCAUAUGCAUCAUUCUGGUGUUAUACAGCCUUAGUUUGAGUUCUGUCUGUUUUCUUCCCUUGUGUUAAAAUGCAGUUGUUAACCUGCUGCUUGAAUGAAGGAUACUAAUGCUGCUGUUCUUGGAAGGUUUGUUGAAUGUAUUUUAAACGGGACUCUAACUUGUGUGCGUUGCAUCUCCAUUGUGGCUAAUUACCCCAGUAUGUGGUCUGAACUGUACUGUAUGUAGCAGGAAUGUAUUAAUUUUGUGCUUCCUUGUUAAAAAACAUGAGCUGUUCAAGAACAGGAGGGAGAUUUUUUUGUUCAGAAGGCCAUUUAUAAGUUGUUCGUAUUGCAGACCAAAAACAACUGAACACUAAACAGGCGAUUAAUUGUCAGUGUCCAUAUGAAUUUUCCAACCGUUUCGCUCAAGUAGACCAGGAAGUGGAGGGUGUGGAGGUCAUGGCUCUUCUGUUUUAAUGUUACCAAAUUAAUGGCCUGAUGCGAUCAGUGCUGAGCUACCCCUGCUUCCUGUGGGAGUGGAGAAUUGGGCAGUCGGGGGUUCUUACCACUUCCUGGGAUCAGGUCUUAAUUUUCACUCUGCUUGUUCAUACUCUGUGUGAAGUCUGUUGACAUUCUUGACUUUGGACAUAAGAAAGCUGUUGCACUGAAACACAGACUUUUGAACCCAGGUUUCCAUCUCCCCACGCUGCCCAUCCAUACACAGUGUGCACACUAUAGUGUAAGUGGCCUUCUCGAACAAGUCUCUUUGAACACUGAUCUCGUCCCAGCGAAGGAGUGUAUCAGCAACACUGUACAUGAUUAAUUUCUGAUUUUCAUUUCCAUGUUUUAUUUUGUAAAUAUAUCCGAUGUUUGGAGCUUGAGUAUACAAAUGUAAAUAGAGUUCACGUAUUUGUACUAAUUCUGAUCCAUUUGCUGUAUAGCCUUAGGUGUGCAAUGCAGAUAUUAUCUAACUGUGUAUGGUAACCUUGCACCACUGAACUGUUAGUGAACGAGGUGAAACAAUAAAGGUACAACCAGUGCAUCAGCAGG